CAAAAAUUUCCUCUUUCCUCCUCUUAUAAACCUAUUCCAACUGUCCACAUUCCGAGGCUGUGUUUAAGUCUACAGCUUACCGUACCCAUUUUGCUAAUCGUAUUUGUAUACCACACACAUCAUGAAGCUCCUCACCAAGGAAGAAGAAGAUGCCCACUACCGUGAGGUGCUCAAGGGUGGCUCUUUUGGUACAGUCCUGGGUCUCAUCGGUGGCUAUGCAGGUGUCUUGGCCGCAUCCCGCCGCUAUCACACUAUCCGCAACCUCACACUUCCCAUGAAAGCAUUUCUCGUCACAUCUUCCGGAACCUUCGUUGGCAUUAUCGGAGCCGACCGCUCCUCCCGCAGCUUCGAAGCAGCGCAAAACCAGAACCGACAAUGGUACGAAAACCGCGAGGAGCGACUGCGCGCCCAGGAACUUCGCGGUAUGAGCUUUAGCGAUCGCGCCCUCGCCUGGGCUAGGGAGGAACGCUACACAAUCGUUUUCUCGACAUGGGUUGCUUCGAUGAUUGGUAGCUUUGCCCUUGUCGGGCGGAACCCUUAUCUUUCGGGCCCUCAGAAGCUCGUCCAGGCUCGUGUCUAUGCGCAGGGUGCUACGCUUGCCGUUCUUAUCGCCAGUGCUGCAUUCGAGAUUUCCGAGAGGAGGAGGGUCAGACGGGAGCUUGAUGCGAAGUCUGCGAGUGCUAAGGCGGACUCUAAGUUGAGUAACAACACUGGUGAAGAUACCGAGCUAUGGAAGGACAUGGUCGCUGCUGAGGAGCAGCGGUUGAAGAACAAGCACCAGUCGCUCUAUGAAAAGCAUCAGAAUGACGCCGGUUCUGACCCUGAUGCUGGGUCUACCCCGCCUCAACAAAAGGCUGAGGCUGAGAAGCUGCCUAGUGAGCAGGAGCAGGAGCAGAAGAGUGAGGAGAAGAAGGAGAAGCAGAAGUAAUUUCUCUUGGCUGCUAGGGGGACUCCGCAUAAAAGAAUAGAUUGGUUGUGUAUAACAUUUCUUGUUUCCUUUCGUGGUUGGGCGGGUUUCUCGUACCACGAUUUUACACUUGUUUCAUCUUCCUGUUUGUGAUUGUACACUCUCUCCUCUUAUUCAUGUCUUUUCACUUUAUAUAUGGCGGGCGUUUGUCAUUGCUUUUCUUCUGGGGAUGUCCAUACAAAGCAGACCCAUCUGAUAUACAAAACUGUCCUACCCUUUUCAAUAUACAAGAUAGAGGUUCAUUAUGUAUUCCUGCUUCUG